UUUACAUUGAAAUUUGAAAAUUGAAUUGAAAUCAUUGAAUUUUUUCCAGAACUGGAAUAUUAUUUUCAUUUUUGUGGUGUUAAAAUAUUUAAAACCCAAGUGGGGACCCCACUGAGGGGUUACAAAGUGUGUCAUCAUUGGUAAAUCUAACAUACACAAAUUAACCACAAGAUGUUUAACUUACAAAUAUUGAAACAACUUUCGAGAUUGACGAUAAGUUCAGUUUCGAAAGUGCCAUUGAAUACAAGGCAUAUUAGCAGUUCUGCUAUUGUACAGUUUAGGAUCACAGAUCAACUAUGGGCAGAACCACUCAAAAAGAAGAAGAAAGUAGAUCCAGCUAUUAUAAAGGCUAGGGAAGACAGGAGGAGGAAAAAAUUAGAAAAGCAAAUCAGAAAAUUGCAGAAAAAUGCUAGACAGUUGAAACCAAUUGAAGAGAUUGAACCACCUCUGCACCUUAUGGAUCAAAUGGGAAAGCGUAAAAGGCCUGCAGUAAUAUUGUCAGCAGAAGAAACAGAGGCUCGAGCAUUACUUCUGAAAGAGUGGACCCGGUACAAGAAGCAGGAGUAUAUGACCAACGUGGCUCAGAUAGAUAGAAUAAUGUCAGCACAGAGGAGAGCACUAGAUAUGUUGUAUGAAGAAUCCGAGGAACUUUAUAAUGAGGCUAUUAUGCCCGAUCUACAACUGGUCCCAUCUUCAUUCAUCGGUACGUACGCCACACCGCCAAUCAAGAACUACGACUCCCCUGAUGGAGAAUACAUAGAUGUUUCCAAGAAAUGGGGGAAAUAAUUAGAUUUAUGUUAUUAAUACAUACAAAUUUGUUACUGUUAGAUUUAAUAAAAAAAAAACUUAAUUUA